AUGCAACAGGUGAAAGACAGUCAGCUGGAGCUGGUCAUUACCUCCAGUAGAUUGAACAGACUUACCAAAGAGGCCAAUGUGCAGAAGAAUGGCACAGAUGCCAGCAUUAUGAUGGUACCUGCACAAGGCAGUUUUGAUCUCAGUGAAGAAGUGCAUUACCUUACUGGAUUAAAGGUGUUCUUGGCCUCCAGCUUAUGGAUUCCUGUUAGCGCAAUGGUCAUCUCUCUCUUUCUUGUUGUUCUUGACCAAACCAUCAUUGCAACUGCCAUUCCUUGCAUUGCCUUUGACUUCAAUGCCCUCAACUUGAUCAUGUGGAUUGUCUCUGCAUACCUCAUCACUCAAGCUGGACUAUUGAUGCUCUAUGGGCAGGUGCUUCUGAUAGCACCCACCAAAUGGGUGUAUAUUACUGCCAUCACACUCUUUGAGAUUGGAAGUCUAAUUUGUGGUGUAUCACCCAAUGUCAAUGUCCUUAUUUUUGGGAGAGCAUUUGCUGGUAUUGGUGCAGCAGGGAUCAUUGUUUCUAUCCUCAACAAGGGGUCGAAAUCAUGCCCCUCCAACAGCAUCCCCUCUUAUUUGGCAUGCUCAGAGCAGUCUUUGCCAUAG